GCACUUUCACUUUCACCUGCAGCACUGCGAGUACCUCGUUGGUUGUGAUUCUGUAAAUUUUCGGUUAACCAUCAUUUGUACUGUGUUGUCAAUAUGGCGUCCGUGGAUCCUAAUUCAUCGAUAUCCCGUAAGCGUAAACGACCAGAUCCUGACUCGGGACUCCAGAUCUACACCAAAGAGACGUUGGUCAGUGGCGAUCUGAGCGAUGUGCAGUUCUCCGUUGGCGGGGACUUCGGUGAAGCGAAGCUCUUCAAAGCCCAUAAGUAUAUUCUUAGCAUUCGCAGUCCAGUGUUCUACGCGAUGUUCCAUGGAAGCAUGGCCGAAUCCGGUCCGCAGGUCGACAUUCCCGAUUGCAUGCCCGACGCGUUUGCCAACAUGCUCAGCUACCUGUACACGGAUACCGUGGAGAAUCUCACGGCGGACAACGUCGUCCCGACCCUUCGCUGCGCUGAUAAGUACGAUCUGCCGCAGUUGGCCACCGUUUGCUUGGAAUUUGUGGAGACGCGAAUGAAUAUCGGGGAAUGCUUGGUCACUCUGGAGCGGGCAGUUCAGUGGAACGCAGAUGAUAUCGUGGAGAAAUGCCUGCGGUUGGUGGAACGCCACUGUGACGUCAUCGUGCAGACGGAGCAGUUUACGGCCAUCGCGCAGGACACCCUGAAGAUGAUUCUGCAGCGCAGUGCUCUAGCCGCGGAUGAGCAUGACAUCUACUUGGCUGUUGAAAGAUGGGCUGUGGAGGCUUGUAAACGGAGCAAUCUGGAACCGUCCGGGAUCAACCGGCGCGCCAUGCUGGGCGACGCAUUGUGCCUGGUCCGCUUUCCGCUGCUGAACGGCGUGCAACUGACCGCUGGUCCCGCCAAGAGUGGGCUCCUACUGGAUAGUGAACUGCUCAACAUCUUCCUGCACCAGAACGGCGGUGUCCCGAACCAGCUGCCCUUUUCUCAGGAGCGACGCAGCCGCAGCACGGCCCAGCGCGCCGAUCAGUUUAAACAGGUGGAAGAGGUUUUCGCGCUGAGCCCGGCCGGUAGCUGGUGGCAACCGGCCAUAUUGCAGUGGGCAGGUGAGCGCGGGAGCCUGAUGUGGAACGCCACCGGCAUGGACGGCACGGUGGUGGCCGAGCAGGCGGUGCGGGUGAAGGACUUCCUGAAGGGCGGACAGCCGCUGUAUCAUAUGACGACACUGGGGCCGCGUGCCGCCACCUACGUGAAGCAGCAUCGGACUAAGCAUAUCGUGCGUUUCGACACGCAGGAGGAGACCGAAUGUGGGCUGUACCAGCUGCUGCUGCACAACAGCCAGGUGGUGGCCUGGAAGGCCAGCAAAGUCGGCUAGCGGGUCCUCGAGCCGGAGAACAUUUACGGUUUUUACUGGCAUUUUCUUUUUAUUACAGUAGUUCUUCUGACGU